GUUACGUUAUGCCUGCUCCACUCACACUGGCAGCUGGAGAGAGGGAAGACGUAAUGGUUUGAUUCCCUCUGCGCUGGCAAUGGUCGUCGCUGUGACAUUACUCGGCAAAUUCCUCUAACGGGGGGAGAGAAAUGAAGGCGGGGGCGUCGUCCAUGUGGGCGUCAUGCUGCGGGCUGCUGAACGAGGUGAUGGGCACGGGAACGGUGCGGACACCGCAGCCGGGCUUCGGAGCAGGGGCGGGGCCCUUCCGCUUUGCCCCCAGCGCAGGGUACUCUACCUACCCCCCCACCAGCUCAGGGAGCGCCGGGCAGCUCUGCAAGGCCUGCGGGCUGGCCUUCUCCGUCUUCAGACGCAAGCACAUCUGCUGUGACUGUAAGAAGAGUUUCUGUGCCCUUUGCUCGGUGCUGCAGGAAAACCUGCGCUGCUGCACGACCUGCCACCUGCUGCGCGGCACGGCCUUCCAGCGGCCGCGCCUCAUGCAGCUGCGGGUCAAAGACCUGCGGCAGUACCUGCUGCUGCGCAACAUCCCCACCGACACGUGCAGGGAGAAGGAGGACCUGGUCGACCUGGUGCUCUGCCACCAGGGGACGCGGGAGACCCCGAGACCCGUGAUGGAAGAGGACGAGGAGGAAGAUGAGGACGACGACACGUGCGGCGAUGAGGAAGAGGAUGGGGGAGAAGACACAGACAGUCUCCACUCGCUCCCCCACUCGCGUGCGGCGUCGCCGCCCUCCGCAACGCGCUCCGCCUCCGAACUGUCGGUCCUGUCUGCCUCUCAGGGGGACGCGCUCAGCCCGAGUGACAGUUCAGGGACCCCCAGCCAGGAGCAUGAGGACACACCGACAGCUUCCCUUUUGAACCUGGAGCCUGCUGAAAACAUCUUAGAGGUCAGCCCGGCGACGCAGAGGAGGAUCAGGGCCUCGCUGUCUGAUCUCGACAACGAGGAGGCCAUAGAAAACCUCUCCGUCCGCCAGCUAAAAGAAAUCCUCGCCAGAAACUUUGUCAAUUAUUCCGGCUGCUGCGAGAAGUGGGAGCUGCUGGAUCGAGUUCAUCGGCUUUACAGGGAAAACGAGCAGAACAGGAAAUCCAUGGAAAACGUCAGCAUAACUGCAGUGGUUGCAUAUCCUCCACCUCUUUGCAACAGUGGAGUUGGAGAUGGAGUCCGAGCUCAGCUGGCGGCGGACGAAAACCUUUGUCGCAUCUGCAUGGACGCCAUCAUCGACUGCGUGUUGCUUGAAUGCGGCCACAUGGUGACCUGCACCAAAUGCGGAAAGAGGAUGAGCGAGUGCCCCAUCUGCAGGCAGUACGUGGUGCGGGCCGUGCAUGUCUUCAAGUCCUAAAACUGAAAUGUUUUUUUUUUCGUUGCGUCGGACCGCGCGUGGCCCUGGAUUUAGCACGGAGGAGGAACCUGAUGCUGCAACAAUUGUGAAAGAAUUUUUUUUUUUCCAGACUAGACUGUUGCCUCUGGCCUACAUUUCCCCCCCUUCGUCCCACCUGUCCUCCGGCCGCGCCAGGUCUCCCACUCUGCACAGCAGACACCGACACGACUCUCUGCUUUAAAUCCUUACUUGUGGGAGGCAAGAGGAGGUGGUUCUGUGGACGCUUUGAGACGGUCUGUGGCGAUAGAUUUGAGAUCCCAGGGUUUUAGAGUUGAUAAGGUUUACACUGUCAUGCCACAUGGCACUGUAUGAUCUCCCUCAGUGUUCAUUAGGAUGUGCAAUAUCAGAGAAAAAGACUUUGUGCGUGUGUGUUAUUAGAAAAAAACAUCAGCCAUUUCAUCCAUCACACACAAGGGUGCGUGUAGGGUGCCAAACAACAUGCCUUCACAGGAUGUUUUGGUUAAGAUCUCACAGUAUGCAUCUCAUAACCAGCAAGUUUGGUUUAAUAGUUUACUUUUAAUCUUUUUCAGAUCUGCUUUAGAAAACAAAGUCUGGACACGUUUCCCUGGUAAUUCAUUCAUGACAAAAAAUAAAUAAAUCUGAAGUCAAACCCAACUUUACCUGGACCACGUCUCAGCCCCCUUAUUUGUUAAGAAAAUAUUUUUAUUAUCAAGCUUGCAACAAUUUGAGAGCUCUGCAUAGUUUAUGGUUGUUGAUUUGGGAAAUAGAUGAAAGAAUUACCCUCUGAGUUUUGAUUAUGCUGUCAUCUACAGUGCCUUGCAAAAAUAUUCAUAUCCUUGAACCUUUUUUCUAGGUUUUUUUCCCCCCCAACUUUAACCACAAACUUCAGCGUAUUUCAAUGGGAUUUUGUGUGAUUGGCCAACAUCAAAGUAAGCACGUCUGUGGAAAGUGGGAAAAAGAAAUUAUCCAUAAUUUAAAUUUUCUUGACCACUCCUGAAGAGCCAGCAGUGAAAAAUUUGAUCUUUAAGGAAGAAUAUUCUUGGUCAAAUCAGACCAAAAUAAAACAUUUUUGUGAGGAGGCUUAAAGUCGGCAAUGUAAGGGAAGCUGGGCCAAGUUGGCGUGAAGAUGGGCGGAGCUAAAUAGAGGAAGCUACUUAAAAAUCUACUAAAACCUGAACAACAACCCUGAACGUUCAGACCAAAACCUUCUGUUAGUCUGACCUAAAACAAAGACUUGAAAAUUAAUGUGAAAAAAAAUGAAAAAAACAUUUAAAAAAAACAUUUUAGUUGCUACUACUUUAUGUUGGUCUGUCACAAAAAAAAAUCUGUUUGUGGUUCUAAUGUAAUAAAAUGUGAAAAAGUUCUAGGGCAUGAAAACUUUUGCAAAUCAUCUUAAACCCUUCACCAUCUCCUUCCACUAAUCGUGCUUCUUUAUGGUUCCAUCCUAGCUAAUCAGGUGCUAUUUCCUCAUUUAUUACUGUUAGAUCAUUAACAUAAUUUUUGUCUCGUGGUCCUACAUUUUACUACACAGAGGUAUCUGUAUUUACUUUAACCUGUUAUGCAAAUGAAACACUUUCAUGUCAAAAGAGGCAGUUAAAUCUGUUUUGAAGUACUUUGCAGCAAACUGAAUAGAUCUCAUACGUAGCUUCUGUUGUUCAUUGAUAAGUUAUGGAUGUUUUCAUGUAAGAAAUAUGAUUUUUUUUUUU